AUGUCUCGCAAAUAUUCAAAUAAUUUUAAAAAGUUAUUUAAUUUUACGCGAAGAUUUUCUGAACUUUGUGGUUGUGAUGUUAUAAAAGAGAAUUUUCAGCCAGACUGGAAGACAUAUGCAGUUUUCUUAUUAAUGAACCUGGCUCUGAGUUGCACAGUUUACUCCAAUUACAUUGAGGUAAUUGUUAAUGGAGAUUUGUAUAAUCUGUUGAAAACAGCAUCUGUCAUAGGAACUGGAGUACAGGGCUACGCCAAAUUUAUAAAUGUGCUCAAGCAACAGACCAAAUUUCGCUAUUUAUACAAGGAAAUCAUCGAUAUGUACGAAACGUACGAGUUGAAAUCGCUGGCCUAUAAACAAUCUUUAAAAUAUAAUAUUUCAUUGGUGAAAAAACUGCUGGCUGUUACAUUUGCAAUGGUUUCCAUUGCCUGCAUAGGCGUAACUAUGGUGCCUUUAUAUAUGUUGAUUUUCCAAAACACACGAAUUGAUAUUAUGCCUUUUAUUUUCCCAUUCAUUGAUACCAGCACAGAUUUUGGAUUUUACUUAACAUUUGUCUUGCACAUAAUUUGUGUAUUCUUUGGAGGCUAUGGAAACUUUGUUGUGGAUUCGUGGCUGUUUAUAUACGCUGCUCAUGUACCGCUGAUGAAGAAUAUUUUAAAAUGUAAAUUUGAUGAUCUGGAUGCCAUUUUGGAGGAAUAUCCGAAAAAUGUGGUGAAAUCAAGGAAACCACUAAAUGACAUAUUUAAAUGGCAUCAGAAAUACAUAGAUUUCUGCAAAACCAUAAAGGGUACAUUUUUCUGGGUCAUCGCUAUUCAAAUAGGCUUUGAAUUCAUGGGUAUUAUCUCUACAAUUGUUUGCAUAUUUCUGGGCAUAUGGCCACCAGCUCCAGCCUAUUUGAUCUAUUUAUUUUGUAUAUUUUAUUCCUAUUGCUCAUUGGGUAAUAUUGUCGAAGUAUCGAACGAUGAUGUGAUUGAUGUGAUUUAUGCCUCUUGCUGGUAUAAUUUGACCGUGCCGGAACAGAAAAUGAUUUUAAUCAUGCUGAGAGAAUCCCAACAGGCCACUGGAAUUUCUAUUGGAGGCGUGUUGCCCUUAUCGCUGAAUACAGCUUUGCAAAUUACAAAAUCGGUUUAUACCAUGUCAAUGUUGCUCGAAAGAUCAUUAAAUUAA